AGCUCAGCUCAGCUCUUUCUCACCAAGCAAUUUGACAGGAUGCGCCGUUGCUUGCCAAUGCUGCCACCGGGUAUCCCUUUCUAUUUCCAGAAAGACAAGACCUUAGCUCCGGCGGAGUCUCCACUUGGGUCGGUGGCUGCUUCAUCUGGUUGCUGCUCCCUGGUGAUGGUGGUGGUGAUGGUGGCGGUUGUCCUGCCUCUGGUGGCUGCUGGUGGCUGCUGCGAUAAGAGUCAAGCCGGCCUGCCAGGCUCUUGAUGGCGAAUCUCUGUCCAGUCUCUGGAGAUUUUUUGUGGGAUAUCUUCUCCACCGAUUUCCUUCUGCAGGCCGUGUCCGCAUCCAGUGCAUCCAGUGCAUCUCCUCCUUUCCACCACCCACCUUCGUUCCUGCCCUCUUGUCUUUCUCGAUUUCGACUUCGACUUCGACUUCAACCUCAACCUCGAUGCUGAAUUCGACCUCGACGUCGCGUGCGAAAUGUCGUUCCUGAAGCCGUCCCCCUCCUUCGCCCAGCGCGCCAUCAGCAUGCUGCGUCGCCCAGGCACAAAGCCAAAAACCGAAUUGUCAUUCAUUAAGCAGCUGUUGAAGGACAACAAGAUCGGGCCCGAGAUCCAGUUCGCGUCACGCACCAUUCGUUAUGUACCAGACGCGUUGGAACGCCUACCGAUUACGGAUGUCGACCAGGAGCUGUUUUCCAACUCGUUCGUGGAUCUGAGUAUCAAUAAAGUCAAGAAGCUGCCGCCGGGGAAUAUACUGGAUGUCCACGUGUAUCCGUCUGCGAGGCCGGACCAAAUCGAUGCCUCAGCCUUGUUGUUUGCGGUGUCAACGACUUUCGAGCGCUUCUCGAGCGAAAAGACAACCCCGAUUGGCGAAUGGACACGCUGGCUUACAGAUGGAAAGGGGAACUCCAAUGGCGCGGGGCUGAUCCUCACACUCUUUAAUACGUCUUCAGAAAAUAUACAUAUGGCAUCCAAGCAGCUCCACGAAGCUGGAAUAAACGCGACUGUCCUGGCCUCCAAUCGGAACCUCGACAUGGCGGGACGGUAUGUCGACCUCGUGCAUCUGCUGCACAACCACCCUUCGCGCAAACAAAGAAAAUACUUCUCCCUGGUUGACGAUGAUACUUUCUUCCCAUAUAUAGGGGAGCUACUGCACACUUUGAAAAGAUACAACCCCACUCGAUCUCAUUAUAUCGGUACCUUCACCGAACGUACAGACUGGAUGCUCCACAACAAAGCCCCCAUGGCCUACGGCGGAGCCGGCGUCUUCAUGACGGCCCCCGUAAUCCAAAAAGUGACUGAGCUCCCGUGCCUCGAGAAAGACGACGAAGGGGACUACGUCCUGGGCGCCGACCAAGGGGAUCGACUUCUCUACAACUGUCUCCACAACUACACUGAGCUCGCCCUCUCCUAUCUCCCUCGCCUACGCCAAGAAGAUCAAAUGGGCGACGCGUCCGGAUUCUACGAAGCCGGUCUUCAACAUCUCAGUUUCCACCAUUACCACACAUGGCACGAACUCUGGCCGGGAAAAAUGCACAUCGUGGCCGACGCCUGUGGCGAAGACUGCGUACUGCAACGCUUCCGCUUCAAGGACGACUUCAUCAUCAGCAAUGGCUACUCGGUCGCCCACUACCCCAAGGGCAUCGACUUCGACCCGCUGCAAAUGGAGGCCACGUUCGACUACGGGACCAUGGAAGACCAGGAGUUCCGCGACGUGGUGUUCAGCUACGCGUUCGGGAUGCUGCGGAAGGGACUGAGUUAUACGGGCAGGAAGAAGAGUUGGGAGUUACUGGGCGCCGUGAGGGAGAAAGAGGGGACGGUGAAGCAGGUUUAUUUGAAACGGAGGGGGGAUGGACGGUGGCUUGAUAGGGAAGGGGGAGAGGAACAUCCGGAGAAUGAUAGUGUGGUUGUUUUGACGUGGAUUCCUUGA